AUGACCAUCCUCUAUUCUAUCUGUCAAGUAAGCUCAAACAUCUCGAAACAAAUUUGUCAACAUCUAUCUAUCUAUCUAUCUAUCUAUCUAUCUAUCUAUCUAUCUAUCUAUCAAAUAAUUCUAUCUAUCUAUCUAUCUAUCUAUCUAUCUAUCUAUCUAUCUCCUCUCAGACAUUUUUUAUUAUUAAUAUCUAUCUAUCUAUCUAUCUAUCUAUCUAUCUAUCUAUCUCAUUCCGGUCACAUCUAUCUAUCUAUCUCAUUCCGGUCACAUCUAUCUAUCUAUCUAUCUAUCUAUCUAUCUAUCUAUCUAUCUAUCUAUCUCAGUCCGGUCAAAUGUGUGUAUGUAUGUAUGUAUGUAUGCAUCUAUCUAUCUAUCUAUCUAUCUAUCUAUCUAUCUAUCUAUCUAUCUAUCUAUCUAUCUGUAUGUAUGUAUGUAUGUAUGCAUCUAUCUAUCUAUCUAUCUAUCUAUCUAUCUAUCUAUCUAUCUAUCUGUCUGUCUCAGUCCGGUCACAUGUAUGUAUGUAUGUAUGUAUGUAUGUAUCUAUCUAAGUCAGUAUAUCUAUCUAUCUAUCUAUCUAUCUAUCUAUCUAUCUAUCUAUCUAUACCAUUUCUCACUUGGGUAGAAUCAUAUGUGAAUGCUCUCUCUCUCUCUGUCUCUCUCUCUCUCUCUCUCUCUCUCUCUCUCUCUCUCUCUCUCUCUCAUCGAAUAGAGCGCGACUUUGUUUGA